AUUGCGUGAAAGAAGCAUCGCACUCCGAAUGUGGGUCUAGCUACAGCCACUACUUACAAGCCGUGGAUGAGCUUCCGAUUAUGUCCGCUAGCGAUGCGACUGCCACGGUCUUCCUACGACCAUUACCCAGUUCGAAGAACGAUGAUUCCUCACCGGCAGGCCUUCAACUGCAGCUGGAACGCCUGGCGGCUGAGCGCGGCUUUCUGAGGGACGUCACGGAAGAAAGUUUACAAAAGGAGAUUGAAGAGGGGCGGAAGGAAGAACACGAUGAUGCUGAGAACAUCAUGGAAGGUGUGGAGGGAGAGGAGGAGGCUGCGGAUCAAGCUGAGAAGGAUGAUACCACACUCGAGGACCGACAAAAGGAGCUGCUAGAGGCGAGAAAUAAAAUGUUGAAUGCGGUGCAGCACGCGGGUUUUUAUGCGCUGAACACACUUGAUCUAAUCUCAUUCCUUCUGUCGCGAGAUCCCAAGCGGUCGGUCGAGACAUCCAUGAGUCCCGGAUUCAAAGCGCAAAACUUCCCACGGGGCUCAUUCGCCAUUGGAAAAACCCCUCAUCCAUUCAAAGAUGCGAAGGAACUCAAAGUAGAGGCAUACAAGGAGGAGCGCGUACGCCUGGCGAGUCGAGGUUCCCGCAUGAAAGCCCUAGAAACAGCUACAGGCGAUAUUCUGAAAGCUGCAACGCAGCUGGAGACGGAAGUGCGGAAAGAGGUGCAAUACUGGAAUGAGAUCUUGGCCAUAUCAGAGAAGGGGUGGCCCUUGCAGCGGCUCAGGAAGGAUGUGGUGCGAUCGCCCUUCGCAGUGCGGUACGGAUCCCCGGAGGCCAGUGAUCACUUCAAAGCACGGGGGCUUGCACCUUUGAAAAUGGAUAAAGACGGGAAAAUCAUUCUCGAUCCCAGCCUCACACUAAAGCCAAAGACGCUCCGUGUGAGGGUCAGUGAGAACGGAGUUAUCACCGCCGAAUCUCGCCUCACUGCGAACAAGGGGAUCGCGGAAUCCGACAUUGAGGAGUCCAUCAAACUUGCACGCAACUCUGUUUUCGAAGAGGAGAUAUAUCACGAAAUCUGUAUAGAAGCUCGCGAUCUGCUUCCUUAUGGGGUAGAAACUCGAAACUCCGUGGUCGAACUCGAACUCUCUGCCCUAGAACAACCGUCCUUAGUACCUAACGACAAAAAGAUCCUCAUCGACUGCAUUCCACUGGACGAAGAUGCGAUAUCUCAAAAAGAACAGACAUCUGAAUGGGUCGCGGAGGUUGUUGCUCAAGGCCUGCGCCUUCUCCUUGGCCAUGAACAUCGUAUGCGCCGCUACCGCAGAGCAACGUCGUCUCGGUCAACCCCGGCCCAAAGGCCCAGAAAAUCAUCCCCGCCUCUUCUCCGCACCCUUCUCGCAAUCGUCAGCCACCACAACGCCGUAAACUCACUUCAACAAUACUUGGAGCUCACAGGGCGGACCCUCAAAGCAGCAGGCGUGAACGUGACGCUGAAUUUGACUCGUGAAAAGUCAAUGGCAGAUCUCAGCCGCACCCUCUCCAAAACGGAACAAGGCCUCGAUCCCAUACACCAAGUCCUAGAACUCCUCGUCAAGCCCUUGGAGGGUGUGGCGAAACUCUCCUUUCCUUCGAAUCCAAAAGGCACUUUGGUGAUCACUGUGCGCACCUCCUUCGGCCCUCCCACAUACGGCACCCAAUUCAAGAUCACUGUGCCCGAAGCACUAGCAGCCACUGUCACCACUGCCACCCUGCCAAAGCGCGAUUUCAGGUUCCAGAAUUUGGAGGAGGUGCGGAAUUACCUCUACUGGGCGCUUUCUUUGGAUAUGGCGCAUGGGUUGCUGGCGAAGCAGUAUGGAAAACAGGCCGAGGUUUGGCUGAAGGAGCCUAGGUUUACAGUUACUCUCACGGGGAAGCAGCAGGCGGUGAAGAAGAUCGUAGAGGUUGAGCUGCAGGAUGCGAGAUUGAGUGUAACGGUUGGAGAGUCGAUAUUAGGCGACAUGGAUGAAGGCGCGGACCGGGUUGAAUGGAGUGACGGUGUGGGAGAAGGCUCACUUGUAGACAAAGUGAGAAGCCUUGUGGGUUAGAAGCCCGAAACAGUAGCACAUCCAUGAUAAUUAAGAAAUCAAUACUCG